GGAGUUGUUGCCGCUAUGACUCAAUAUGGCAAUAUGGUCCAUCUGCGUCUUGUAAACAAACCGUACAUGUCUGAAAGUCGGAAGUUGCGUGCCAGCGGGGGCGCGGCGUGAGCAGGGGGCCUGGCGUGAGCGACUGCUGCAAGCUGCAGUUGGACCCUUCUCAAACAGGGAGGAGUAAAGCAUUGAUUAUGUGUUCCCUAGUAUUUUAUAUAAACCAGUGUCCUCUCAUUCAUCAAAAUUUCUUUGUAAGCUAACCUAACUGAAAACGGAUCGGAUCUUCGAAAAUAAUGGCUUACGACUACUCAAAAAAUAAAGAAGAAAGACCAGAAGCCGUGAAGGCUGAAGUCAAAGGCACCACUUGCACUGGAGGUCUAUGAUGGUUGGGAGAUGGACACAAGUGAUGGGCUGGGCUGUUUUCACCACCUGUUGCAUGCUGCCACGGCAACCUACCAAACUGGCUGCAGGGCACGUUGUUGCGCAAUGGACCAGGCAUAUUCACAGUGGGGGAGACCACAUACAACCACUGGUUUGAUGGGAUGGCCCUAAUGCAAAGCUUUACAUUCCAAGAUGGUGAGGUGAUUUACAGAAGUCGAUAUUUACGUGGAGACACAUACAAAGACAACAUGGCAGCCAACAGAAUUGUUGUGUCUGAAAUGGGGACAAUGGCCUACCCUGACCCAGGCAAAAACAUAAUAUCCAAGGCGAUCACCUUCCUUAACCACACAGUCCCAGACUUUACCGACAAUUGUGGGAAUAAUUUCAUCCGAUAUGGGAAAGAUUAUUAUGCCACUUCUGAAACCAACUAUAUACGCAAAAUAGACCCUAUGACCCUGGAGACUCAGGACAAGGUGGACUACCAGAAAUACAUUGCUGUAAACCUGGCAACAUCCCAUCCACAUUAUGAUAAAGAAGGAAACACCUACAACAUGGGGACUUCAAUAGCAGAGAAGGGAAAGACCAAAUACAUAUUUUUUAAGGUUCCAGCUGAUUCUGCAGGAGAAACGGCUAAGGCUUCUCCAGCCAUAAAAAGCCUUGAGGUGAUUUGCUCAGUACCGUGCCGCUCCCUUCUUAGCCCCAGCUACUACCAUAGCUUUGGCAUGACUGACAACUACUUCAUCUUCAUUGAGCAGCCGUUCAAACUAGACAUCCUCAAGAUGGCCACGGCAUACAUGAGAAGGGUUAACUGGGCUAGCUGUUUGAAGUUUUUCCCCAAAGAAAAUACCCUGAUUCACGUGAUCGACAAAAAGACAGGCAAAGAAGUGGACAUAAAGUAUUACACAAAUGCAAUGGUGGUAUACCAUCAUGUGAAUGCUUUUGAAGAGGAUGGUCAUGUCAUCUUUGAUGUUAUCGCCUAUGAAGACCACAGCUUGUACAACAUGUUCUACCUGAAUGUAUUAAAGGAACAAUCAACCUCCUUUACAAUGUGUGUGCCAAAGUGCAAAAGGUUUGCCCUUCCUGUACAGACUGACUCGACAUUAGAUGUUGGCGAAGAUUUGGUGAAACUCAAAUACACAACAGCCAGUGCUGUCAAAGACAAAGAUGGGAAACUACUCUGCCAGCCAGAGGUGCUGUGUGAAAGUGUGGAACUUCCCAGGAUCAAUUAUGACUUCAAUGGCAGGAAGUACAGAUUUGUCUACAUGACUUGUGUUGCAAUGUCUGCAGUGGCAACCGAGAUAAUGAAAUUUGACACUGAGACAAAGGAAAUUACUAAAUGGAGAGAGGACAACUGUUGGCCAUCGGAACCUGUGUUUAUUCCAAGACCCAACGGAGAAGGAGAGGAUGAUGGUUUGGUCUUGACAUCGGUCAUCAACUCCAGUCCAGGCGAAUCUGGAUUCAUCUUGGUGCUGGACGCAAAGUCUUUCAAGGAGGUCGCUCGAGCAUAUGUGAAUUCAGAGCUCUACAUGGACAUGCAUGGAUACUUCAUCCCAAAAGCAAAUUAAUGUGGCUAAAGGAUAUAUGGAAUAAUGAUGGAAAUAGCCCACUACCUCCCACAUAGAAACAGACAAUGGAAAACAAUAAGGAUAAUCUUAAAUACUGACCAGUAUACUAUGGACUAAUCCAGAACUGUACUGUACCUCAAGUGACUCCAUGAUGGAUGAAAAUCCUCAGGAUUUUUUGAACUAUUGAACAACUACCAAUUCUAAUCUACUACAAUGGCAUAUAACAUUUUACAUUUACAUUUUGUAUAAAAUGAUUGGUGUGUAGUAUUGGCUAUAUAAGAAUUGUAUUCAUAUCUUUAUUGUAUUUUUAUGUAAUGUAUGACGAUUGCAGAGGACAUUUAUUGUUAUAAAAUGAUUGUAAGGCAUCAUUAUCUCUUGCUUCCUGACAAACAAAGUGUCAGUACCAAAGUAUAAGGUGUGUCUAUUGAAGUGAGCAUGCACGUAUGCAUCACUACAAUAUGAACAAAUGCUUAAUGUUUAGAUGUUUUCAUGCAUGAUCAUUAUGCAGUUAAAAUUUUGUAAUUAAAAUCUCAUUUACUUUUUAGAUGUCUUUUUCUUUUUAAUUGUCCACUAUUAUCAUAAGGAAUAGGCUAUGGGUAAAUAAAAAAUGCCAAUAUGAAUAUAAUUUCGGGUCUUAUAUUAUGCCAUUUUCAAACAUUUUAAGAUAUUGUUUUGGGUCAGUUUUUUCCCCCCAUACAAAAUGUAAAUUUUCCUGCCGCAGUUGUACAGUGACAGUUUAAACUGCCACCAUGCAGUGGUGGCCAACUAGAUAGAAUACAGACCAGCUCUCAGGGAAGGACGUUGGAUGUCUGAACUGUAAGGAUAACACUGAAUCCAUCUCUUCUCAAUACAUGUGUGCACAUUUGUUAGACAGGCGUGAUCCAUACAGACUGAAGGAACUGACAUGUCAUGUAUAAUCCCUAUCAAACCAGGUGGCAAAAUGUGAUGCGUUUUUUUUGUGCAUUUCAUUAAUCAUUUUUUCCAUAAGGAAUUUUCAGAUUUCUUCAUAUAAGGUGGUUUAAGCCUAUGUAGAGGACAUCUUUUUGUAGAGAAUAAGUAGCCAUGUAUUACUUCUAAAUUCAUAUUCAUUAUAUUCAUCAUUUGUGUAUUCGUUUCAUAAUGAACACCAAUAAGCCUAUGUAAUAAUUGUAUUUUGUUUAUUGAUUAAAAACCUGCUAAACUGCUAUUCAAAACCCAGUGUAAUAAAUGGACAGUGUUAACUUACCUUAGACAGUACACUAAUGCCUUGAUAAGGAAAAUCCUUUAAUCAGCAUGCCCUUUUGCUGACUUAAGGCUUUUUGUUGAAACAGCAACAAUAAGAAGUUAGAGCAACACAUGGUUUUCUGCUGUUUGUCUUGCUCCUGUGAGAAUAAAUUGGAAUAAUCAACUGAGAA